AUGACUGAAAUUAUUAAUACCCUUACGUAUGAUCUCCUUAAAAUCAAUUAGCGCAAUUAACAUUAAGCAGAAGUAUUUAAAACUAGUAUUGUAUAGCUUAUUUAUGAGAAUCUAAAAUUUCAUCUUCAACCAUUAUUCCUCAAAUUGCAACUACAGAGUAGAUCAGAAUAUAUCUUAGUAUUUAUCAUUUAUAAUUACUUCAGCUUUGUUAACGUCUUCAUUUAUUUGAAUUAAAUCCCUUUUAAGUUAUUUCUGAAUCUAUUAAUGAUAAUAUUUACUUAUUUUUAGAAGGAAAAUUAGUUCUUGAUUCCUCUGAAUAGGAUGACCUUGAUUCUUUUGAAUCUAAUGUUUAAUAUGUUAAAAAGAAUAAACUCUUAUUUCAAAGACAAUUAAAUUAUGGAUAUAUUGCUGAAAAACAAUACCUUUCUAAAAUUGUAAAGUAUUAUAUCUUAUCUAGUUUUCUCUAGAGCAUUCCAAAUUACUCUAUGUCACCAAAUAAUCACAAUCCCUAUUAUUUCUUAAACAUGAGUAAUUUAUCAGAUAAAAACGUACAUUCUUUCUCAAAUUAUUUGAACCUACAAAUUAAACUGAGAAAUAAUAAAUAUAUUCUUUAUCUGAUUCUUUACUCUUGCAUUAGUUUGAAGAAAAUGAUACUAUCAUUACUAUCUAUUAACCUAUUGAAUCAUUAUUUCUUGUCUAUUAAGGUUAAGUUAAUUUAGAAACUAAACGUAAUAUUUUAUGUACAUGUUCAAUUUUUGAUUCUUUCAAUGAAGAUUGUACUAUUGCUCCUUAUACUGCAAGAGUUAAAUAAUAAGCUCAUAUUUUUGAACUUCCAAAAUCAUAAUUUAUACAAUUACCAAUUAAAGUUCAAUCUAUCAUUGAAUAAAGAUUAAAAAUUAAAAUGACACUUAAAAAAUCUCUUUUAGAUCAUCAUAUUAUUGAUCUUUAGGUACCUGAAAUAAUGAAAUCUAUUAAAUAUGAUAAAUUAACUCCUAAACGCAAAAAAUAAUCAAGCUUAACUUGUAUAACAACAUCUAGAUCUAGUUUUAAAAAAUUAAAUACUGAAACAUUCUUGUUAAAUAAUACAAAUUUGACUUCUUAAAAUAGUAUUAUAAAAACGGAUGCAGAUAUUUAAUUGCUACCACUCAAAUACCAUCGACAUAUGACAAGUAGAAUUAAACUGAAUAAAUUUUUUAAUUGA